AUGCCAUUUCAAAGUUCAUUUUCAAUUCGUAAAACAAAACCUCGAAAAUUAGUUUCUCGUUCACCAUUUCAAUUACCUGCUGAAGAACUUGCACGUGAACUUGGACCAAGAUAUGAAAUAGUCGAUGUGCGUAUUGGAAAUCAAAAAUUAGUAUAUGAUAUUCCACAAGGCAAAUGGAUAUCUGGUGGGAUGGUUGGUACAUCAAUCAGUUCACGAGAAAUAAAUAAAUUAGAAAAAACAAAACAAGAAUUAGAAGAGGAUAAUCAUGUUUUGCGUGCAAAAAUUGAUAUGCUAACUGAAAUGCUUGCCGAAAUUACUGCUGAAUAUGAAGUUCGACGUGGUGGUUAA